GCAGCCAAAGACAGAGGCUGACAAAAAGGAGUCAAGUCUGUUGCAGAGGAAAAGACGUACUGCCAUUCUUUACGAAGAUCCAGGGAAUCCCAGAAGCUCAGAUUCACCAAUUGCUACAAACUCCGAGAAAGAUCUCUCCAGGAGACAUUCACAGCAGUGCUAGCUUACACAAGGAAGUCCAGCAGUCAACUUGAGGCUCUUCCUGGGACGCCAUGGAGACCCCUAGACAGAAGCGCGCUGCUGCCAGCAGUGGGUCCUCGCCCAUUUCCCCAACGCGCAUCACCCGUCUGCAGGAGAAGGAGGACCUGAGCAACCUCAAUGACCGGCUGGCGAUCUACAUCGACAAGGUGCGCUCGCUGGAGGCGGAGAACGCCGGGCUGCGCCUGCGCAUCACUGAGUCGGAGACGGAGGUCAGCCGCGAGCUGUCCGGCAUGAAGGCCGCCUACGAGACCGAGCUGGCCGAUGCCCGCAAGACCCUGGACUCUGUAGCCAAGGAGCGCGCCCGCCUGCAGCUGGAACUGGGCAAGGUGCGGGACGAGUACAAGGAGCUCAAGGCCAGAAACAGCAAGAAGGAAGCUGACCUGGAGGGUGCGCUAGCCAGACUGAAGGAUCUGGAGGCACUGCUCAAUUCCAAAGAUGCCACUUUGACCACUGCCCUGGGGGAGAAGCGUAACCUGGAGGUGGAAGUGCGUGACCUGAAGGCCCAGCUUGCCAAGCUGGAAGGAGGCCUGGCUGAUGCCAAAAAACAACUUCAGGAUGAGAUGCUGAGGAGGGUGGAUGCCGAGAACCGCAUCCAGACCCUGAAGGAGGAGCUGGAAUUCCAGAAGAACAUCUACAGUGAGGAGCUGCGGGAAACAAAGCGGCGGCACGAGUCGCGCAUGGUGGAGAUAGACAGCGGCCGGCAGCAGGAGUUCGAGAGCAAGCUGGCCGAAGCCCUGAUAGAGCUGCGUGCCCAACACGACCAGCAGCUUAGCAUGUACAAGGAGGAGAUCGAGAAGACCUACAGUGCCAAGCUCGAGAAUGCGCGUCAGUCAGCUGACAGGAACAGUCACCUGGUGGGGGCAGCACAUGAGGAGCUACAGCAGACCCGGGUGCGCCUGGACACUCUCUCUGGCCAGCUCAGUCAGCUGCAGAAACAGCUGGCUGCACGAGAGGCCAAGGUGCGGGAGCUGGAGGAAGCGCUGGCCCGGGAGAGGGAUGUCAUGCGCCGCCGUCUGGAGGACAAGGAGAGGGAGAUGACCGAGAUGAGGCAGCGCAUGCAGCAGCAGCUGGAUGAGUACCAGGAGCUGCUGGACAUCAAGCUGGCCCUGGAUAUGGAGAUCUGCGCCUACAGGAAACUAUUGGAGGGAGAAGAGGAAAGGUUGCGUCUGUCCCCCAGUCCACCCCCAACUAGGGUCACAGUGACCCGCACAUCAGGCUCAGGAACACACAGCCGCUCUGUCCACUCCAGUGCCCACAGCUCCUCUGGCAAGAAGCGCCGGAUCAAUGACAAUGACAGUGAGACCUCCAGUACAGCAGGUGGUGCUGUUGCUCGCACUCGUAUUGUACAGCAGGCUUCUGCCAGUGGCCGUGUCACUGUGGAUGAGGUUGACCAGGAGGGGAAGUAUGUGCGGCUCAGCAACAAAUCUGAUGAGGACCAGCCAAUGGGGCACUGGCAAGUGAAGAGGCAGGUGGGCUCACAGACCCCCAUUGCCUACAAAUUCCCCCCAAAAUUCAUUCUGAAGGCGGGUCAGAAUGUCACGAUUUGGGCAUCGGGAGCGGGCGGCACUCACAACCCCCCAUCUGACCUGGUGUGGAAGACCCAGAACUCCUGGGGCUGCGGGGACCAGUUCCAGACCAUUCUGUUGAACAGCAAUGGAGAUGAGAUGGCAAUGAGGAAGGUCACACGCACGCUCUUCCAUGAUGUGGAUGAUGAUGAUGAAAUGGCAGCUCACAGCACCUGCGGGGACGGCGAGUACAACCUGCGCAGCCGCACGGUGAUAUGUGGAUCGUGCGGCCAGCCCUCUGAGAAGGCCGGCGCGGGCUCAGUGACGGUCAGCUCGGGUGUGUCCAGCGCCUCUGCCUCCCGCUCAUUCCGCAGCAGUGGAGGAGGACUCCCAGAGGGGCUGGUCUCCCACUCCUUUGUGGUGGGCAACAACUUGCCCCGACAGAGUGGUCCCAGUGCAGAGAACUGCACCAUCAUGUAAACCAAGGACAGGCCCACCUGGAAGGGACUGACUCAAGCUCCUGAGGACCGGAAGACCAUCUUUUUCAAUACAUCGAAGGAUUUCUAUUUCUCUCUAUAUUAUGUUGAAGAGACUUAUUUUUUACUACAUAAUCUGCAAAUAUUUUUAUACGUAAAGUAUAUGAAUAUAUUUAGACUUAGACAUGUUAUUAGGCUUGUUAGGCUAAUAUUAUGUGACAAUAGGCUUAGAAGUGUAGUCUGUUUGCCAAAAAUGGGAUUCAUGCAUGCAAGUCUCAUUAGCCAGCUGGGUGGUGUAGGUGCUUCUGUAAGAGUAUGCACAGAGAGAGGGAGAGAGUGCACUCGCUGCACAGGAGUUUGAUCCACGCCUGGGUUUCACGUCCAAUGUCUUUGCUGUCAUUACUGAUCACGCACAGCUUAUAAACCCUGAACGGAGUCAAACUACUUUGUGCUUAGAAUAGGGUGUGUUGCCCUGGCUUGCUGCAUAUCUGACAGUGAAUGUCAGCUUUACAAAGCAAAUCUAAUAGUGGCCAUAUUGCUGUUAAAAGAUUGUGAUGGGGGUAUUGGUCAUAAAGAAGCAUGUAUAUAUUCAUUUUUUCUUAUUUUUGCCUGUUUUUUGAAAUAGAUUAAACAUGGAGGUUCAUUAGUCAUUCAUAAUUUUAUAUUGUGCCUCCUGCACUGAAGGUCCUAUUGGUUGGUAGUAGAUGAUAAAUUAUUCAAGGUGUAACUUUCUGAGAAGUGCAUUGAAAAGAUUUAAAAAUGGAGAUAUAUUACAUGAGGGUUCAGAACAAAUUGUUUUCCUACUGUUGAGUACAGAAUUUAUGCCCAGUUUAGAGUUACGGAAUAAGAAUAGGGCACUUUUCAAAUGAGCAGAGGUAUUCUGUACACGAGUAAGAAUUUUCCUCUCCUUUGCAUGCCUUUGCACUAUUCCCACUGCACAUGCAUUUAAGAUUUCCUUUCAGGUGUCUGAUGAAUAAAGAUAAAAAGAUUGUGGUACUGAAAAAAAUGUAUAUUCCUAAAAAUUUUUUACAGGGAUGUUUUCUCGGAAGUGUUGAUUGAUGAUAGUUUGCUAUCACAUUAAAAACAUGUCUAAUUUUGAGAUGGAAGGAUGUUAUGAGGUAAUGGACUUGAUAAUGUUGGUUAGAUAGUUACUGAUGA